GCUCGUUCGACGUCUACCUGGGUUUGACGGAAUAUCAACAUGGACAAUAGAAAUAGGCGGUCUAUCAAAAGAUCGAUAGCGUUGCUGCUAUUCAUACUAAGCGCCACAUCGCGGGCCAAUGGUGAGUCCAGAAUUGUCUUCCAGAGUGACAGCGUCUUACUUGCUGACCCUGAAAUGUUCGACAUUCCAUUGACACUUCCAGUAGCGGACGACAGAGUAGACGACGACAAAAUGAAGAAAUCGCGACCUAAAGGCCUGCCUACGUCUGAGAAAGAGAAGUUUUUAUUCCCUAGCGAGGCCAAGGAGGUUGAAGAACGAAGCGAGAGGCAGCCGUACGUUAUUGGCUCGAGAGGAGACGCCAUGCGAAACCACCUCCUGAGCGACACGAGCGACUCGGUAGGAGAGGGCUUGAUCAUCGGCUACGACCGAGAUCCUGAGGGCCGGUAUCGAGUAUCGGGAUACGGAAGCAACUUGAGGAAAAAAUACAAUGAUCUGUACUACGCCAACUCCAUCUCUGGAUACCAACGAGGCUUGCGCCUAAACCCUAUGUCCACCAUUGAGCACAAGCCAUAUGGCUAUCGAGGCUUCGGGACACUCGGAGACCCGUACCUCGAUAGCAUGCGCUACUUUGGGAUGCGUGACGGCGUUUACCCGCACAUGAUGCACGAGCCUGGCAUGUUGGGAGGUGGGCAUCAUCGACCCUUCAUGAGUAGACUACAUGGGUACGGACAUCGAGGCUUCAUGUAUCCACACUUAAUGGGCAACCACCUAUCGCAUAGGUAUAUGCCAGGAUAUGACCGCUACGCCAUGGGUGGAGGUAGGUUUCAGCACCCGAUGAGUUACAUUAAACGAUAAAUCGACACUCACUACUGCUAUAAUAAAAUUCUAAAAUAACAGGGCUGUGUGUCCACUGUCCAGGAGAAUAAGAAACACCAAUAACAGCCAUUUUCUAAUAAAAAAUAAUAUUAACCGCCGUUUCACUUUAAAACCACAU